UGAAGGAAGUACAGUUACUUCCUCUUGUCAGUUCUUUUCUUGUCUGCUCGUUCUCUCUUUGUUCUCCCUCCAUCAUGCAGAAAGGUGAAGAUGAGACUCUUGAUUCUGUCAUGGACGUCAACUUUGACUACAUGUACAAGAUACUGAUGGUUGGUAACUCAGGAGUGGGGAAGACAGCUUAUGUCUCCAGAUACUGCGAUGAUCACUUCAACCCAGCCUUCAUAUCAACAGUGGGGAUUGACUUUAGAGUAAAGAACCUCAUCAGGAAUCAGAAACGUAUAAAGCUCCAGAUAUGGGACACAGCUGGUCAGGAGCGCUACCAAGCAAUCACCACGGCUUAUUAUCACGGGGCAAUGGGCUUCAUCGUAAUGUUUGACUUAACCAGUGAAGACACUUUUUCAGCCUGUCGUAUGUGGAUACAGCAGAUCAAAGAGAUGGCCCUAGAGAAUGCUAUUAUUUUAUUAAUUGGUAAUAAAGUUGAUCUAACGGCUCAGCGACAAGUAAGCACUGAGAGCAUUGAGGAGUUCACUGACUCACUGGGUAUUCACUUCUUUGAGACGAGUGCCAAGGAAAACACUAACAUCAAGGAGAGUGCUGAAUAUCUUGUGGACGCCAUCACUCAGAAAAUGUCAGAAACGAUUGAGAAGAAUCCUAACUUCACUCCUCGUGGAGUUAAGCCAAGAGAGACUGCAGUAGCUAAUGAGAAACCCUCCGGCUCCUGUGGCUGCUAGAGGAAGGGGAGGGGCUUAUUCAAAUUUUAGUUCAUACAUUAUUCCAAGUAUUUUUAUUACUGGCAUUCAUUAUUAAUACUUAUACUCCAUUCAUUCAUUCAUUUUUCAUUCAUUUCUGUAAUACCGCAAUAGUUUUAAUUAAGCAACUCUUGUUGUAAAAA